GCACGUCCUACUUGUAAAGCUCUACAGCAGGGCGAUUUUGCGCGUUCCCGAGACUCGCCAUAGAAAACAAAGCUGAACGUCUUCCAUAACAGCUAGGGGAGCAGACUUGAGGAAUAUCCGAAUGUAUCCUGGACACAUCGAGCUGAAUAUGGAUUUACAGUGGGUGUAGCAUCGCUGGAGACCGAGCCUUCUCGGCUAGGGGGGUGACGGCAGGACAUUAGCGAAACCGACGAAAAUAACAUCAGUGUUUUUUUUUUUUGUUUUGGUUUUUUUUCUCGGGGUGCUUUGUCUUGUCCACCUAACGAUAGCAAACCAUCAUUCCCCCCCAUUUCAAUUGCAAGAUAUCCAGCUAGUGAUUUACUAGCUGCCGCCCGGGAUGUAUCAUCAUGUUGUCACCUAAAAGUAACUGCUAAAGGACGUCGGAUUGUGAAGGAUAAAGCAGAAAAACCUCUCCGAGGUUCUAACGGGUUGUCACCGGGACCUGAAUCUGUGUUUAGCCACAGUCGCGGAACCCACUGUUUUCGGCGAUAUGGCGGAGCAGGGCUACUCAUCUUGGGCGUACUCCCUAGUUGACUCCAGCCAGGUGUCCACUUUCCUCAUCUCCAUCCUUCUUAUCGUCUAUGGCAGCUUCAGGUCAUUAAACAUGGACUGUGAGAACCAGGAGAAGGAUAAAGACGGUAACCCCACGACAACGGGGGCUUUCAACAACAGCAACACAAACAACAGUGAGUGUUACAUGAGUAUUCAGACUAUAGACUCCACACAGGCCCUGUUCCUGCCCAUAGGAGCCUCUGUGUCUCUGCUGGUCAUGUUUUUCUUCUUUGACUCGGUACAGGUGGUCUUCACCAUCUGCACUGCAGUUCUCGCAACAAUCGCAUUUGCAUUCCUCUUGUUGCCAAUGUGCCAGUAUCUGACCAGACCCUGCUCCCCACAGAACAAGAUUUCCUUUGGCUGCUGUGGGCGUUUCACUCUGGCUGAGCUCCUGUCCUUCUCCCUCUCUGUUAUGUUGGUACUCAUCUGGGUGCUGACUGGACACUGGCUUCUCAUGGACGCUUUAGCCAUGGGCCUGUGUGUCGCCAUGAUAGCCUUUGUGCGGCUUCCCAGUCUGAAGGUGUCAUGCCUGCUGCUGUCAGGACUGCUCAUUUAUGAUGUGUUCUGGGUGUUCUUCUCAGCUUACAUCUUCAAUAGUAAUGUGAUGGUCAAAGUUGCCACCCAACCUGCUGAAAAUCCCAUAGAUGUUCUUUCCAGGAAACUCCACUUGGGGCCAGGAAUGGGCCGGGACGUCCCCCGCCUCUCCUUACCUGGCAAACUGGUCUUUCCCAGUUCCACAGGAAGUCACUUCUCGAUGCUGGGAAUAGGAGACAUCGUGAUGCCGGGGCUGCUGUUAUGCUUCGUCCUGCGCUACGACAACUACAAGAAGCAAGCAAACGGGGAAGUCCCAGGACCUGGUAACAUGUCCGGACGCAUGCAGCGCGUCUCAUAUUUCCACUGCACUCUCAUCGGAUACUUUGUGGGUCUGCUGACUGCCACUGUGGCCUCCAGGAUCCAUCGUGCUGCUCAGCCCGCUCUUCUCUACCUGGUGCCCUUCACCCUGCUGCCUCUGCUCACUAUGGCCUACCUGAAGGGCGAUUUGCGGCGCAUGUGGUCCGAGCCCUUCCACGCCAAGACCAGCAGCUCCCGCUUCCUGGAGGUAUGAUCCACCCUGGGAUAAACGACCAGCGCGGGGAGGACUGCGGAUCCUUUACCUUAAUUAGAGGGAAGGAGAGAGGGCGCACUCACAGUGAGGCCAUGUUGUCAUCACUUGUUCAUGCUUUCCGCCAAUCUUCUGUGAAAAACCCUCAGAAGGACACCAGUGUGUGGAUCACAACGCCCCCAACACGACUCAUCUUUGGUCCCUAUAUCCUUCCCCCUUCCGUUUCAUCUCCGCUUCCUCUUCUCUGUUUAUUUCCUCUUCAUUAUAGCACAUCCUGCCUAUGCUGUUUUUGUUCUGCCUCCCUCCCCUCCCUCUCGGUUUUUCCUUUUUCCCCUCUCUUCUAUAGUUGGUCUCAUUCGCCACUUCCCUCCCAUGGCCCGUUCCAUCCGUCAGGCCUCUUCUCUCUCUCUCUGCGUUUUCCUUCUUCCUCUCGCGUCUUUAAUUUUCUCUGCAUUCUCUCUGUUUGUCACUGACUCAGAUGAACUUGAGGGCCAGGCCUCCCCCCUUUUUGUGGACUUAGGGUUGUGAGACAUGGCUGGGGUUUAUAUAUUUUUUUAGCAUUGUCGUGGUCGUUAUUAUUAUAAUUAUUAUUAUUAAUAUUAUUAUUAUUAAUAUUAUUAUUAUGGAACGAUUUAAACAAACGGAGAAGAGGCGGAGUGUUGCAGUGACACAGGACAGUGCUCGGGAGCAGCGACACAGUAAAGGAGAAGAGUCUUCCCCCUCCAUUUGUCUCCCUCCUCCUCCCCUCCUUGCUUUCCACGUCUGUCCCAUCAUCCCACCACGAUGGCUUCUUCCCAGCACUCCUCUGACACUCACCCUGCGAGCCCCACCCUCCUCCUCUCUGUUCAUCUGCUGUCCCCAUUCCCCACCCUCACAGAUAACUAUGUAUUUUAUUUAGAAAAGUUUUAUUCUUGGCAUAUACAGAAAUGAUGCAUUAUAAAUUGUUAAGCUGCCCCGAGCGUUUGAGGGGCCGCUUCUAUUUGUAUAUAUGUGUAUUUGCGGUAUCUUGAGUUUGUAUUUGUGUUCGGGAGCAUGUUGAAAUAGGGUGGGAAACUGACGCCAGCCAACAGCCGAAUUUUGGGUCAAAAUGGGUCAUGCUGACUGGUGAGCAUUGAUCAUUUAGAGACUGUUUUCUAAAGUUUGUUGGCUUGUGUAAUAGAAACGUAGCUGAUGGGGGGGGGGCGGGGGGGAUAAAACAUCUGUAACGAUGGCUGGUUGAUAAUAAAGUUAGUUUCCUGCUCUAGUGUUAAAGUGUGUGUGCGUGUGAGAGAAUGAAACAGACGAGUGAAAGGUUGUUUUACUUGGUUUUUAAUUUGAAAUCAUGUUAAAAAAAAAACAAACAAAAAAAAGUGACAAUAGUCAGGUUUCCAUUGAGCUGGGCGUGUUGGAUGAAACUGUCAUAAACCCACGAUACGUCUGAUGGAAACGAUUUGUGUCUAACUCUGAGAAAACCCGACCAGCUGGUCGGGUCAGUUUUCUUUUUCUCAGUCUCUCUGCGGAAAGGUGGAAAUGUAAACAGUGUUUUCUUUUUCAAAUAAAUGAAUGUUGAAUUAA